AUGCCUCGGUGCAACGCUUCAGCUUUCCCGCCCUUCAAGUUGGAGUAUCGAUACCGAGGGGUGUAUGAAAGAGCAGGGUUUGACUACGAUAAAUAUAAUCCUAGAGCAACAUCACCAACUCAAUUGUUAUCACCUAAUAGUAAUCCUGGACGGAACUAUUCUAAUUCUCAAUCAGCGACAACCGGCCAAGCCGCCAAAAAGUUGAGCAGCAUUUCUUCAAAUGCCACUAGUCGACACACUUCAAAUUGCACCACUACAUCCACAAGACAGACACUGGUUUCAUUGAGUCCUCGGAACUCACCUCCACAUUUCUCAAACAAUAGUCCCACUGCUGAUCAUACCACCACCACCUCUAAUCCUAAUGGAUACCAUGCAUAUUCUAAAGGUGACGAUUUGCUGAUUUAUACAGUGAGACCAGUGCCUUUACCCGAGGUAGAAUCAUUAUCAAGAGUAACCCUGAUACAAAUGUCUAUUCCUUCAGAUACCCAUUCGUUGCCGCCCCAGAGUAUUCAUUCAAAUCAAAAGUUGCAUUCAUAUUCAUAUUCAAGUAAUCCCGAGUUAUCCACAUCCACAUCCACAGCUCCUCCUACAUACGCACCAUCCAAAACCAAAAACCAUAAGAACUUGAAUUUAGUCUUGGAGAAAUCAAACUUCAAGCAAGCUCCAGUUGAGCUGGUCGUUCCAACUAUACCUCUUCCAUAUCCAGCAAGCCAUAAAUUGCCAGAUUCCAUUCUUUCACCAGAGAGCAGUCUUCCUGCUGGUGCACAUGACACGAAUAUCAAUAAUAACAUUCAUAAUACUAAUUACACUCACACUAACAAUCCGGCUGUCUACAAUGAUAGUGGUAUGUUAAGCUUGCCGCAACAAAAUGACAAUCGGUUAUCAACACUGCUGAUGGUAAGCUCCAUUAUCUCCAAGGAAGAGCCUUCUAUGAGUUUUGCUAAUGACGAAGAAGAGGAUGAGGAUGACUCGCAAAUUAAUAAGGAAUUGGAAAUGCAACUUCAACAGUUGAAAUGGACUGGCUCUAUUUCCUCCGCUUCUGUAAACGGUAGCUCUGCUGGUGAACAGCUCACCUCGUCAUUAAAAAGUCCUUUAAUUGUCACCAAUGAACAUGAACAUGAUCACGAUGAUGAUGAUGUUCUUGUUAACGAAACCAUUAACUCUUUGGGUUUUGACAUAACACCAAAAUUACAUCAAUAUGAAGACGGAUCUCAGUCUGGAGAACCUCGUACAGUUAUUUCCGAGUUUGAUGACUUAAAUGUUGAACCAUUGCUAGUCAAGCGGAUCAAAUCAGCAAGAGCCACUGGCGAAGAAGAAGAUGAAGUAAUUGCACCUUUAAACGUCAAGAGAAGAAGUCCUAGUCUUCAUAACAUUCCAAGAUUUGAAGUCUCAGAUAAUUCCAUGUCUGAUGUCGAAGAAACACUCCCCUUGAAUCCUAACCCCAGUCAAAUAUUCGUGGGUGAAGGUAUAGAGAAUGAAUCUCCUACAGUUCCACGGAGAUUGAGACCUGUAUCACCAACCGCCACCAAAGCUCAAACUCAAACUCAAACUCAAACACAAGCACAAACACAGUCACAACAAGUUCAAUCGAACCAUUCAACAGCAUCACCACCUAAAUCUGAGCACAACAAUGUCUUGUAUCCUCCUGGCCAAGGUCCUUGUCGUGGGUGCAAUGAUACGAUUGACUCGAACAGUACUUCGAGACAUCUCAAACCUAUUUUCACAUCUACCACCGAUGUUAAGUCGACAUUAUCGGGACAAUGGCAUCGUAAAUGUUUCCAAUGUCACCACGACCAAUGUGGUACGAGAUUCUCCAAAACAACACCUUGCUACGUAUUUGAAGAUCAACCAUAUUGUUUCGACCACUACAGUAUACUCAAUGGAACUGUGUGCGAAGAGUGUCAAGAAGGGCUCGAAGGCGAAUACAUUGAAACCGAGCUUCAACUCAAGUUCCACCCCGCAUGCUUAAGAUGUAUGCAAUGCAAGAACCAUAUCACUGGAGGAGAGUCGUAUUACAUCCACAAUAACAUUGUGUAUUGUGAGACCGAUGCUGCAUUAAUAAGUUUAAACCCUGGAGACAGCAAAAUGGAAAAGAGAAGAACAAGAAUCAUGUUCACUUAA